CGUAAUUUUACUAUACCGUGUUUCGGUAUUUGUUUUGGAUUUUAGACUUGCUGCAGAUUAUAAUAAGAUAUGGAUAAAAUAUCUGACGUUAGCCUCGAAGAAUGUUCACAGUCGAAAUAUCUAAGGCCCUACAGACUAAGAUAUACACAGAAUGGUAUCGAAAAAACAUGGGACCUGAUGAAAGUGAACGACAGUCUGGCUAUCAUAGUUUAUAAUCCAUUUAGAAAGGUUUUAGUGUUUGUAAAACAGUUCAGAGCAGCACUGUAUUGGGCACAUGCUGAAAGUUAUCAAGAUAAUGGUGUUACUAAAAUAGACACUACUAAAUAUCCUGGCUCGCUUGGAUUAACACAUGAAUUAUGUGCUGGCCUGGUUGAUAAAGACUGCAAUAUAAAGGAAAUAGCACAACAGGAAUUACUGGAAGAACUGGGCUAUAAAGUACCAUUAUAUAAAAUAGAAAAGAUAACAAGUUACAGAUCUGGUAUUGGAAUUAGUGCUAGUAGACAGACGUUAUUUUAUGCCGAGGUAUCGGACGUGAUGAAGGUUGGUGAGGGAGGAGGUCUUGUGGAAGAAGGGGAGUUCAUAGAGACAGUAGAAAUACCGGUAGAUAAAGGAAAAUCUUUCAUUUAUGACGAAUCUAUAGCCAAACCAAUAUGGACUAUGUUUGCGUUACAAUGGUUUUAUGAUAAUAAAUAUAAAGUAGCAAAGGCAGCUGAGUAAACCUAAAAUACUUGUGGAUCACAAUUUUUUGAUUAAGUUCCUGACAAAGCAUCCUCGGUAUCCAAUAUGGACUAUGUUUGUGUUACAAUGGUUUUAUGAUUAUAAAUAUAAAGUAGCAAAGGCAGCUGAGUAAACUUAAAAUACUUGUGGGUCACAAUUUUUUGAUCCUCGGUAUCCCCAGUGGUCUCAUUCAGUUCCACUCCACUAUAGCCUGGGUUCAUACAUGGGGUAUUCACAUAUUCAAAUUAUCUUCCCUUGAUCGUAGCUUCAUUCUACAAACCAAUCAAAAACAGUUUAUAAACCAGUCUUAGCCUCAUUGUUUACGUUCACAACAAUAUGGCGGCUUUUUCGCUCGAUUAUGAAAAAAGUUUGCAAGAAAUUUAAUAUAAAAGAAGUGACGUGCACACCAAAAGAUGUUCUAAAACAUAUUUUGUAUGUGAAAGACGUUUUAAUGUCCGUCAAAACAGGCAGUGGCAAGUCGAUAUGCUAUCAAGCCUAUUGGUCGAUAAAAAAUGCACAAUCAUCAAGGGCAAAUAAUUUGAAUAUGUGUCUUCCCACAUGGAUGAAACCAGGGUAUAGUGGAGUAGAAUGGAAUGAGACCACUGGGAAUACUGUCCAUUGGUUAUGAAAAGUAAUAGCUGUUUCACUCAGAUUGAAUUAUUACAUCUUGGAUGUAAGCGUCAAUUUAUUAAUGUGGUAGCUAAAUUUACUUUAGUAGUGGGUUGUGGGGAAAGCAAAGAUGGUUUCAAGGGGUAUUUUUCAACUCUGUAAAUGUGCUUUCAAAAUAUUUAAAUAUUUCCUAAGUUAACAACUUCCAUUGUGAAGUUGUCAGUAUCCCUAUAAAGUUUUAAAGCUAAUCUCUGAGUUUGAUCUGUGUUUAUAAUUACAGAAUGUCAUAUAAUUUUAACAAUUAGUGGAUGUCAUCAUUUUCAGGAUGUCAGAUAGGAUAUUUCAUGAAUGGACAGUAUAUCAAAGGAACAAAAUUUAAAGGCCAUUUUCAAAUGAAAAUCCAUUAAUUCCUUUAGUUUCGAGUGCUAAAAUCUGUCACAAUAAACUACAUGUACCUGCAUUCUCCUGAUAAUAUUGUGUACACAUUAAUAGACAUAACAAUGAAACUAAAUUACAAAAAUGGAAUAUUUAGAAAUUUUUAAAUAAUUUUCUUACAUUUUAUAAAACAAUAUUACAUGUGUAUUGUUCUUGUUGCACUAUUCACAUUUUGAAAAAUUUACAGUGAUUCUUUACCAGGGCAUAGUAAAUGUUGAAAUCAAAAUGUUGCUACAUAUCUUACUGGUGUAUAUUACUGCUAUUGAAGGUGGUUUACCAAACUGUCAUCUAUGUUUUUAUUUUCGAAGAUUUCUUUUUUAUCAUACUUUUUGAUAUUUUUAUCUGUGUUACAUUUAAUAUCAUGAAUAAACGUUUUUCAUCAGAUUCAAUGUCAUCCAAAGUCUUCCACAUUGAAUACACACAUUAUUGUCAAUUUAAAUCAACAUAGAUGUUGUAAUCUUACCGGGAAUAGAUUGGCUUCUGAUAUCCAAUAUUUAAGACAAAAUAAAUAUUUUACCAUUG